UGGAGGGUAAGAAACCUGUCAGAGUUAAAGCCCCUAUGACGCUCAUUUAUGUCAGUUGUAAAGGAAAGAACACUGGCCUAUAUAACACCGAGCUAACAUCUACAUUGAUAAAUAGAAAACAUAAAAGUUGAAUGUCAAGUUUAUCAGUUGGUAUUUGUAGAGUUUUCAAAUUACUUGGAAUUACUACACACGGAUAGCAGACGUUAAACUAUAAAUAUUGAUUUAUAUAUAUUGGAAGUUCACAGGAUAUCUAGUCUAACAGGAACUCGUUCUCGGUGUAGAUCUACCUGUCAAGCAAAACAACACACUUCUGUGCUGAGGAGAGAUACACCUGCAUAUUUUAAGAUCACACAUUGGUUCCGCAUCAGCGCUCAACGUCAAACACAUCAGAAGAAUGAAGCACAGCCGAAGAAUCAAAGAUAUUGAUUUGUAAUCGAUUCAAUUGUUUUGUUUCACCAAUCAAUUAGAGUCAGCCCUUUCUUUUCAAGCUGUCCCAACACCAUGUCUCAAAAUUCGUCAGGAACUAAUUUGUCAAGACAAGAUAGCUUUGGAGUCUCAGCAACAGUAACAGCCGCUUCAGCCUUUGGAGAUGACCUUGCGGAUAUUUCCUACUCAAUUCCAGAACUCUCCCAAUAUAAGGAGGACAAGAGCAAAAAGCAUGGCAAACAUAAAGAAGAAGCUUUCAUUAAAACUAUAUACCUCAACAUUGACAGACAGGAAUCUUCAGUACACGAUCAAGAAGAGAAUGGGGAACACACUACUGGACAGCUCCAGUCUUCAGGGGGAUCUCCUGAUCAAUCUGAUGCUGCCAGUGGCAUCAGUGGAGACAGUGAAGAAACUGACCUGACAGUCACCACUUUCUCCUCCUUUGCACAGAGCAGAUUCGUGAUGAAAGCUUCUCCUGUCUACAGCUGCACAGCUCUGACUCAUCCCUUACUGCCUAAAGAUGACAAAGCAGACUAUUUAGCUUCGUUGGCAUCAUGGGUAACUAUUCUUAGAAUUAUGGGAGAUAUACCUGAUGAUGCUGCUGAUAAACUGGUUGUAACUGGAAGCAAGUCACCUAUUCCAAGCAAACUCAGAUCUUACUUCAAAACCAAAUAUUCUAAAAAAGAUGUUGAUGAUGCCCACAGAAAGUAUUCAGACCUGUUUAAGGAUCCUACUGGAACUGAUACAAAGUCUCUCCCAUUCCUGUCUGGCAUGACAGACACAAUUCUGGAGAAAGUUCAGUUGUUAUGUGCAAUGGGGAUCUACAGGCCAUCAUUAAGAGAUGAACUAUACUGUCAACUGUGCAAACAGUUAAGUAACAACCCUUCAAAGAACAGUAUUGUCCGAGGCUGGGUACUGAUGUACAUGUUUGCAGGCAGCUUUGCACCAACUGAAAGUUUAGCCCCAAGUUUCAACAGUUUUUUGUCCGAAGGGCCACCAGAAUUCUCGGAUAAGAUAGACUGGAUGCUUAGACGUACUUGCAGUGUGGGGACAAGAACUUAUCCACCUAGUUGGCUGGAGUUUCAAGCUGCAAAAAAUGGCAAGCCAGUGCUGGUGCCAAUAUCUCUAAUGAAUGGUCACCGAAUGCUUUGUGAAGUAGAUGCUGCCAUGACAGUGAGUGAAGUCAUCAGAAAUAUCGGGGAGAGACUUGGCAUGAAUGAGUUAACUGGAUUCUCUUUAUACAUUUCACUGCACACCAAGAUCUCCUGUUUAGGGAAUAGUCAACACAGAUUACUAGAUGCUAUAUCAGAGAGUGAGACGUUCUCAAAACAGAUGGGGAUACGGGAGAAUAAUGCAAUAUGGAGAAUUUUUUUUAGAUUAGAAUAUUUCAGUUCAUGGCACAAUCCAGAAGAAGAUGAUGCAGUUUCAGAAUUAGUUUUUCAGCAAAUACGACGAGGCAUAAAAAUGUCAGAAUAUAGACUAGAAAAUGAAGAAUUACUUCUGAACACAGCUGCUAAGGUUUACUGUCUAGAACAUGCCGAUGAUGUUGGUCACCUCAAACUUGAGGCUUUUGUCAACUCUUUCAUACCAGACUCUCUGUUAGAGAAGAGACCCAAAGAUUUUUUCCCUAGCAAGCUAAAGGCUUCUUUUUAUAAUUUAAAAUUAGACAAAGAAAGACCCUCAGCGUCCACCAUCAAGGCUGAAAUUAUAACAUUGGGAAAAGAUAAUUUUGAUAUUUUAUUUUCCCGCUACUACAAUGUGAGUAAAGUUGUCAGCUCCAACCAGCAGCUGACUGAAGUAGUGGUCGGGGUAAAUCACAAGGGAAUAUUUGUUGUAGACAGCACCGAUAAACUCAAGCUGCAUUUGGACUUUGCAGAAAUCGUCAAUAUUGUUAAGGCCAAGCAUAGCUUGACUCUGGGUGUAGCACAGCAAGAGAGUGUUGUGUUCAGCACCAACCACUCUGAUGACUUUAACAACUUGGUGUCCACUUUUAUCGAGGAGCUGACAAAAAGGUCAGACCACAGCAAUAGCCAGAGAGGACUUUACUCAGCUGGAUAUGAUACAUUCUUUUAUUUCUCUGAAACUUCCCACUUUCAUGUUUUAUUUGAGAGCUGUGUUGUUCAAUCAGACAUUGCUACAAAACCUCUGCAUGUUGGAGAUGGACCUCAAGAUGCUAACAUCAUUAAAGGAGAUAUUCUUGAAAUGAACCAGUCUGUGUCAGAACUUGUAGGCAAUGAAACAGUGACAGUCCUGUGUCAGAGAACCCACAAACCUUGCGACAUCCCUGUCAAUUUGUGUUAUGUGGUGGCCACAGUAAAACCUUUACCAGAGGACAUGAUGGUGCGACUUGUUGGUCAGCUACGUAAAGGUACAACUGGUAAUAAUAUCAUGGAACCAAAGCAACAGCCAAAUUUACAACAGUAUGCAAAAUCUCACUUCAGGCCUUCUAAUGAGAACUCUGUCAGCAAGUUACUGAGUAAAGCAACACUCAAGAAGAAAGACAGUGAAGCCUUGUGGAGCUACAGUAAAGAUGGUCUCAAAAAGCCCCUGCUGAAACGUACUUGUGCCAGGGAUGAUGUCAGGAAGUUAGCCACUCACUGCUUUGCAUCUCUGCAGACCUACAUGUCUAACUUGGUGUGCAAUGAUGAAGUCUCCAACUAUGUUCUUUGCUCAGAAUGGAUAUUGAAUCCUGCCAGAAGGAAUAAAUUUCUGCGAGAUGAGAUCUACUGCCAGAUAAUCAAACAGCUUACAAACAACAAUGAUAAGGUACAAACAGACAGAGGCUGGUCAGCGCUAACACUGCUGACAUCCAUCUGCCCUCCUAGUCAUGAACUGUAUGAGCAUGUCAGAGCAUUUCUGAAAGCCUCAACACAUCCACUGUCUACCAUUUGUGAGUCAAACCUACAGCUGAAGAAAAAACGAGGUGGUUGCCGCCUAUAUUCCUCCCACUUCCUAGAACAUGAGAUGGUCAUCAAGCAACUACCUAAUGUCAGAAUACAACUAUUUUUACCAAAUCAAACAACUCAGACUUUGGAAGUCACAAGUCAUACAAAAAUAUUUGAUAUUAAGAAAAGCAUCACCACUCGUCUUAAGUUGUCAAGUUCCAGUGAAUACAGUUUAUUCUUCAGCUGUGGUGAUAAAGUGAACUGUUUGUCUGACCGAGCUUUUUAUUUUGAUUGUCUGUCUCAUGCUGAAGUGUAUUGGUUCAAACAAGGGAAAAGGAGCAGCUAUUCUGUUACCAAGAACCAGCCUCUGUUGGUCAUGUUGAAAAAAAUCUGGGUCAAUGGUCAACCAGGAACGGACCCAGUUGCUGAUCAAAUAUUUCACUAUUCCCAGGAAAUGCCUAAUUACCUGCGAGGUUAUCACAAUAUUCCUGAAGAUCUUAUCAUCAAACUGGCAGCACUAGUCUACAGGGGUCAAUUUGGUUCAGAAACUAAACACUUCUCCAAGCCAAGUGCAUUGAUAAAUCUCAUCAUCCCAAAGCACUUUUUAAAUGGUAAGGAUAUAAACAGUGUUAUGAAGGCUGUUGAGAAACAAUAUCAAGCAGAUGUGACAUUGUCGCAGCAAGAAGCCAGGUCAACAUUUCUUCAAUACCUUUCACAGCUUAAUACUUAUGGUUCUGUGUUCUUUGAGGUCAAGCAACGUGUUGUUGAUUACCUUCCUAAAGUCUGCCUCAUAGCUAUUAAUUACUCUGGUGUUCAUAUAAUAGAAACAGAAAACAAGAUUGUUGUCAAAAGUUACAACUACGAUCAGAUUCCCAACUGGGCUUAUGAUGAGCAAUCUUUCACUUUAAUUGUGGUAGAGGGCAGCAGUACAAACAAAAUUUUGUUAGAAACUAAAGUGGGACAUAACAUGGAUGAUCUUCUGAUGUCUUAUGUUGGAUGGAUUAUGAACUAUCAAAUGCGCAAAAAGCAUGGCUACUUAGGAGACCAAGCAGGGGAGAGCAUCGUCUGAGUUAGUGCCCCUGAAUCCAUAUAAAAAAAAUUUUAAAAAACGGCACAAGUUCAUAAGCUUAAAAAAAAAAAAGCAGUGAAUAUAUAUUAUAUAUAUUAUGAUAUUAACUUGUAUAAUUUUUAUAUGGAGGGACUUUUGUGCUGCAUUUAACCUUGUGUUGUUAAAGUAAUUCAUUUUUAACCUUAUUACAAGCAAUAAGUGCUGUAAAGUAUUUUUUCCCUUAUAAGAUAUAUGACUUUCAUUAAUUUUAUUUUACCUCCUUUCCUCAUGAUGGUAAUGUGUACACAGUGGAGGUUUUUAUUUAUUUUGACGGAACAAUCAAGUAACAUUGUCUUUGGUAGGACAACAACAAAGUUCUUUCAAAAUUAUAAAUAAAAUUAUAAUGUUGAUGCAAAAUUAGAUUUUUUAACAGUCAUAUUUUAGAGUUGAUUGAUCUGUCUUUGAUUGUAUGCAAUGUCCAAAUACAGACCCGAGCAAUGUCUAAUGAAUACUAGAGUUGUGUCUCAUGUAUUAAGUAUUUUAAUUUAAUUGAAACAAAGAGUGGAGCCUUGUACAUGACUAUGAGUCCUCAGUUGUGACCAAAUCAUAUAUUCACACUUAAAUGGAAACAUUCCGUUAUAUUCUCUUUUCCUUCUCAGCACAUGUUUUUAGAAGUCUCUAAGGUUUGCAUCACUGCCCUGGAAAGAUAUUUCUUACUCUUUUGGAAGCCAGUUUCUGUGUUCUCUGAUACCAGAAUGACUUAGUUGACUUCUGUGUUGGUCUUGAUCUUAUCUUAUAAAUAAAAAGCUUUCCUUCGAAAAAAAAAGAAGAUUAAUAAUAGUAAUAAUAAUUUAUAGAGAGCUGUUAACAAACAUAUUGUAGGCUGAACAAAGUAAACUUCCCCUUUCAGACCAUGCAGUCUAAUGGGAAGAUGUUGUUAAGGUCAUCUGUUUCUGUGGCCAACAGUUAACGAGCAGGGUGUCAUGUGGCCAGCACAACAUCCAACUGCGUUCAACUAAAGUCAGGUACCCAUUAAAGUUGGGUGGAAUCAGGGGUACCCUAAGAAUCCCUAAGUUCAAAAUUCCAGCUUUUACUGAGAUUCAAACCCAGGACCCCAAGUUCGGAAGCCAUGUACUUAAGCACUCGGCCACCGCACCCCCCAAUGUAGGCUCAAGGUCCUAUGACAAUAACAAACAUAAACACAAAAGCUAAAAUGACAAGCUAAAAUGUUUUAAACAGAUAGGUAUUAAUAUUCCUCUUGAAGGUAGCGAAGCAUAUUGAUUAAUGGAUUAAUGGGGAGUGAAUUUAAGUGCUUCCAGGUGUGGCUCUGUCUUUGUACCAGCCUGUAUACCAGAGAUUUGUCUCAUGUAUGCCACAAGAAAGUCCCAUAUGUUAUUGAGGAAUGUCCAAUAUAUGAUGGAUGCAUGUCUCAUAUGUUAUUGAGGAAUGUCCAAUGGUUAGUGGAUGUAUGUCACAUAUGUUGGUGGCUAGAGUAAUUUGUUGUGACACUGGCAAACUACUUAACACUUAAUUAUGUUGACAUAGUGACAUUCUAGGCCAAUAAAUUAUUACUUGUAUAUAAUGUAAAUAUAUCCAGUUAAUUAAAAGCACCUAUUUCAAGAUGAAUACUGUUAUAACUUUUUUUUUUGCAACAUUUCCAAUCAUGACAAGAGAAAGGCAAUAACAAAAGCUAAUUUCAAUGCAUCUCUCUCUAUAUAUAUUUAUUUAAGCCUAUAUAUCAUUUAAACAUACUUUUUUAACUCUUAUGUUUGGCUGCAGAUCUCUUUUUCUCUUGAUAACAAAAUGCACUAAUUUUAACAAAUGUUCAGCAAGCUUCUGGUCUCUUUUCAUCUUUUACUUAUGUUUUUGCGACUUAAAAGUUGAUCUGUGUGCUGCCAUUUUUUACUAUUAAGUUAAUGAUUUAGAAAGGUAUUUCCAACUUUAAGAAUUAUGUUGUUUUUUUUAGGAUUUGGCACAUCAUUAAGGCUUCUGCAAUCAUUUACUUGUAUACAUAAAACCUCUAUAUUAAUAUUACAAGGUCAAUAUGGUUCACUCAAAUAAAGGGUUUAAAAAAGAAAUCUUGUAUUUGAAUACUUAAUCUAAAAUCUAUUUCUUUAAAAAUAAUCUAUGGCUAGGUCUGUAAAGGCGAUUUUUAGUUACCAGCACUUUAAUUGACACAAUUUAUUGUGAUAAAAAUCUGGCUUAUCAGGACUAACUUGUGAAGUUUCUAUAGCAAUGAAAUCUCAGUUGGAGUUGCUAGCUGGUUCUCUACUGUAAGGACAAGAAGAUCAAUUUCAUGGGACAAGCAGGUUUACCCCUGGGAGACCACUCUGCUGGAAACAGCUGAAGUUGGGUCCCUUGAGUUUGUAAGAUUUGUUAGUUUCUUUUUUAUGUUACAGAAGUAUUUAUGUCACAUGUAUAACAUAUAUGCUUUAUUUACACUGGUUCAAGACAUAACUAAAGAUGCUAGUGUACAUUAUUAUGUCAAAAGACUUUAACUGAUCAAGCCACAGAUAAUAACACAUUAUACAAGUACAAGGUGGUGGUGUUAUACAUGGUUGAAUUAAGCCAUCAAUACUAAUCUUAUUAUCCAUUGCUAGACUGCCUAUUAUAAACCUUUACCAUAUUAGUUGAUUGCUUUUAGGUUACAAUCUGGUAUACAUUUGUCAGACAACUCUAGAAUGUUCUGCAACAGCAUAAUUUUGUUUCUUAAGUCUUCAGGCUUCAAUCUUUGUGUUGAACUAUAAAAAAACAACUAUCAUUUGUGUAGCAUUUGUGCCAUGUACAAAGUAACUUUCAAAAUUCCAUGUUUGUAAAUAAGUAAAUAAAUAAAUAAAAUCUUUUUAAUUUUC